AUGAGUUAUGUGAGAAAUGUAAAGGAUAUCUUACUUCGUGAAGAGAUGACGAAAGAAGGAGGAAAAUUAUCGUACUGUUGUGAUAUCUGCAAAAAGUCUUUCUCUCGGAGAGGGAACCUAACUACUCAUAAAUGCAUUUCUACUGGAGAGAAACCAUAUCACUGUAGCUUAACUGCUCACAAACGUUUGCAUACAGGUAAGAAACCAUAUCACUGUGAUGUCUGUGGUAAAUCGUUCAAUCAUAAAGGUAGCUUAACUACUCACAUACGUUUGCAUACAGGUGAGAAACCAUACCACUGUAAUAUCUGUGGUGAGAAACCUUAUAGCUGUGAUAUCUGUGGAAAGUCAUUCACUGAAAAAGGUAGCUUAACUACUCACAAAAGUUUGCAUACAGGUAAGAAAUCAUAUCACUGUGAUGUCUGUGGUAAAUCGUUCACUGAAAAGUUAACUAUUCACAAACGCAUUCAUACAGGUAAGAAACCAUAUCACUGCGAUAUCUGUGGAAAUUCAUUCACUGAAAAAGGUAGCUUAACUGCUCACAAACGUCUGCAUACAGGUGAGAAACCUUAUUACUGUGAUAUCUGUGGUAAAUCAUUCACUCAGAAAGGUAGCUUAACUAAACACAAACGCAUUCACACAGGUGAGAAACCAUAUCAGUGUGAUAUCUGUGGAAAGUCAUUCACUGAAAAAGGUAGCUUAACUACUCACGUACGUUUGCAUACAGGAGAGAAGCCAUAUCAUUGUAAUAUCUGUGGUAAAUCAUUUUCUGGAAGUAGUGACUUGAUUAUACACAUACGUAUUCAUACAGGAGAGAAGCCAUAUCAUUGUGAUAUCUGUGGUAAAUCAUUCUCUUCAAAUAGCUAUUUGAUUAGUCACACGCGUAUUCAUACUCAAGAAAACCCAUAUCAGUGUGAUAUUUGUGGUAAAUCAUUUUCUCACAACAAGACUUUAGAUAAUCACAGACGUAUUCAUACAGGAGAGAAGCCAUAUCUUUGUAAUAUCUGUGGUAAAUCGUUUUCUCAAAAUAGCAGUUUAACUAAUCACAGACGUAUUCAUACAGGUGAAAAACCAUAUCAUUGUGAUAUCUGUGGUGAGUUAUUCUCUCAAAAAGGCCACUUAAGUACACAUGUGAAUAUUCAUACACAAGUGUAACUGUAUCUGUAUCAAGAUUUAUUAUAAUAGGACAACAAUUACGAAUAUUUUGUCUGUUAAAAGACUGGAUUUAUUCCUAUUCAAGUUUGACCUCAUCAACUUUAAUUUCAUCAUUAGCAAUUUGAUAUUAACAAACCCCAACUUCAGUAUCAUUUAUAUAUCUAAAUUUAUCAACACAGUGGUCACUUUGAUUUCUGAAUAUGAUUGUGCUGGAUUUUUGAGGAAUUUGUUAUAAGAGAAUAAAGGAAUAAAAUUUUUAAGUGACAUU